CUCACGCAAAAAUUUAUCGAGUCAACGGAGUUGUGAGAGGAACAUUCGGAUUGACCCAGCACACCACGCCUAUAGCAUUUCCUCCAUUAAAGCUCUUCAGCUCGAAUUAGAACUAUUAUAGUUCUAAUUGAAUACCUGAAUCUAGUCCCAUUAAGAUAUCAUUUCAGAAAAUGCAUGAUUUCUGCUUCACGAUCCCAUAUGGGAUCCUCCUGGUGGCCGGCGGUGUGAUCGGAUACGUUAAGAAAGGCAGCGCAGCUUCACUCGGUGGUGGCGCCGGCACCGGAUUGCUGCUCAUCCUCGCCGGAUACCUCAGCCUUCAAGCCUAUCACAAGCGCAGAAACUCCUAUUUUGCUCUGUUUCUCGAGUUAGCUGUUGCUGCCAUGCUAACAUAUGUCAUGGGACAACGGUACAUGAAGACUGGAAAAAUAAUGCCAGCUGGUAUAGUUGCUGGGAUCAGUGUGGUGAUGGCUGUGUUCUAUCUUUACAAGAUUGCAACUGGUGGGAAUCAUAUUCCUCCAAAAACCGAGUAAUAUUGGAUUCUUUUUGUGCUGAUAUCAUGGAUUUUAUGAAGACUGAGGUUAAAAGGUUUUGUUGUUGUGGUUAAAAUACAUCGUCUAAAAAAGAACGGCGUUUCUUGCUCCGCAAUUGAUAUUGACGUGCUAAUUGUAGCCAGAGCAUGUAAUUCUCAAUAUACUUGUAGUUCUCAAUAUACUCGAGCUUGCUUUAAACUUUUGAACUUCUCAACUCCAAAUCAUACACGUGCUUCAAAUUUUACCUAUUUUAUUAUAUAUUAUACAUUUCUCAUGUGUUUAGUCUUUAUAUACCAUAGCAUGUAGCACCCAAAAUAGCUCGGUGGAUUCACCUGAGUGGUUAGCUCGAGAAAGGCGGUUCAAAGGAACCUACGUUCGAUAAUGGCAUUUGACCUAGUCAAG